CCCUCUCGUUCGCGGUGUGUAUCACUGUCUCUCUCCCUCCCUCUCUCUCUCUCUCUCUCACACACUCUCACUCUUUCACACACACGGCGUUUCACUGGCGAUGUGACACGACGCUCGCCUACGGAAUUACGACGGAAAGGAGUUCGCGGUUUCCACGAGGGGCAGCGACGGCGACUGGAGGAGGAGGAGGAGGAGGACGCCUUUGGCCAUGGCCGUGGAUGUGCUAACGUUCCUUCUGUGGGCCGUUACGGCCGUUACGGCGAUGGAAGAAACGAUGAUGGAUACUCGGACUGCCACGGCUGAGCUGGGCUGGACAGCGUACCCUGCAUCAGGGUGGGAGGAGGUGAGCGGCUAUGACGAGAACCUGAACACCAUUCGCACCUACCAGGUGUGUAACGUCUUCGAGUCCAGUCAGAACAACUGGCUCCUGACCACUUUCAUCCAGCGGCGGGCUGCCCAGCGGGUUUAUGUGGAGAUGCGCUUCACAGUGCGUGACUGCAGCAGCAUCCCACGUGUGCCAGGCUCCUGCAAGGAGACCUUCAACCUCUACUACUAUGAGAGCGACCAGGUCAUCGCCACCAAGGGAACAGCUUUCUGGAUGGAGGCGCCCUACCUGAAGGUGGACACCAUCGCUGCUGAUGAGAGCUUCUCACAGGUGGACUUUGGUGGCCGCCUCAUGAAGGUCAACACGGAGGUGCGCAGCUUUGGGCCUCUCUCCAAGAACGGCUUCUACCUGGCCUUCCAGGACUACGGUGCCUGCAUGUCCCUGCUGUCCGUCAGGGUCUUCUAUAAAAAGUGCCCCAGCGUGGUGCAGAACUUUGCAGUGUUUCCUGAGACCAUGACCGGCGCAGAGAGCACAUCGCUGGUCAUCGCACGUGGCAUGUGCAUCCCAAACUCGGAAGAGGUGGAUGUGCCCAUUAAGCUCUACUGCAAUGGAGACGGGGAGUGGAUGGUUCCCAUUGGCAGCUGCACCUGCAAGGCUGGCUUCGAACCAGACAAUGGAAAUGUCUGCAGAGCAUGUCCUCCGGGGACGUUUAAGUCAAGUCAGGGCACUGAACUGUGUCUGCAGUGUCCCUCCAACAGCAGAUCUACAUCUGAGGCCUCCACCAUCUGUGUGUGCAGGAACGGCUACUACAGAGCAGACGGAGACCAGCCAGACAUGCCCUGCACCAGCGUUCCAUCUGGCCCCCGGAAUGUCAUCUCCAUCGUGAACGAGACGUCAGUUAUCCUGGAGUGGCACCCGCCGCGCGAAACCGGCGGCCGGGAUGACGUGGUCUAUAACAUCGUGUGUAAAAAAUGCCGGGCGGACCGGCGGUCCUGCUCACACUGCGAUGACAACGUGGACUUUGCUCCCCGGCAGCUGGGCCUCACUGACACCAGGGUGGUCAUCAGCAACCUCUGGGCGCAUACGCUCUACACGUUCGAGAUCCAGGCGGUCAACGGAGUGACCAAUAAGAGCCCAUACCCAGCCCAGCAUGUCUCUAUAGACAUCACCACCAACCAGGCCGCUCCAUCUAUGGUACCUAUAAUGCAUCAGGUCAGCUCCACUAUGAGGAGCAUCACAUUGUCAUGGCCACAGCCUGAGCAGCCCAAUGGCAUCAUACUGGAUUAUGAGCUCCGCUACUACGAGAAGGACCUGACGGAGGCUAACUCCACCAUACUAAGGAGUCAGACGAAUACGGCCCGUGUGGAUGGCCUCAGGCCCGGGAUGAUGUAUGUGGUGCAGGUUCGGGCCAGGACCGUCGCCGGCUUUGGCAAAUACAGCAGCAAGAUGUGCUUCCAAACCCUUACAGAUGAAGACUACAAGUCUGAGUUAAGGGAGCAGUUGCCACUGAUUGCCGGUUCAGCAGCAGCUGCUGUGGUCUUCAUCGUGUCUCUAGUGGCCAUUUCUAUAGUCUGCAGCAGGAAGCGUGCCUACACUAAGGAGGCGGUGUACAGUGACAAGCUCCAGCACUACAGUACAGGCACAGAGCUGUCUUUGAGACCUGAUCUGUCUAACUGCCACUCCUCCAUGGGCUGCCCGACCCUGCCAGGCUCUCCAGGGAUGAAGAUCUACAUCGACCCCUUCACCUAUGAGGACCCCAAUGAGGCCGUCCGAGAAUUCGCCAAGGAGAUUGACGUCUCUACCGUCAAAAUCGAGGAGGUCAUCGGAGCGGGUGAAUUCGGGGAGGUGUAUAAGGGCCGUCUGAAGCUGCCAGGUAAGCGAGAGAUCUACGUGGCCAUCAAGACUCUCAAGGCGGGCUACUCGGAGAAGCAGAGACGGGACUUCCUGUCCGAGGCGUCAAUUAUGGGCCAGUUCGACCACCCCAACAUCAUCCGCCUGGAGGGCGUGGUCACCAAAAGCCGGCCAGUCAUGAUCGUCACAGAGUUCAUGGAGAACGGAGCGCUGGACUCUUUUCUCAGGCAAAAUGAUGGUCAGUUCACAGUGAUCCAGCUGGUGGGAAUGAUGCGGGGUAUCGCCGCGGGGAUGAAGUACCUGUCCGAGAUGAACUACGUCCACCGGGACCUGGCCGCCCGCAACAUCUUGGUCAAUAGCAACCUGGUGUGCAAGGUGUCCGACUUCGGCCUGUCCCGCUACCUGCAGGAGGACACGUCUGACCCCACCUACACCAGCUCUCUGGGUGGGAAGAUCCCAGUGCGGUGGACGUCGCCAGAAGCCAUUGCGUACAGGAAGUUCACCUCAGCCAGUGACGUGUGGAGCUAUGGCAUCGUCAUGUGGGAAGUGAUGUCGUUUGGAGAGAGGCCGUACUGGGACAUGUCCAACCAAGACGUGAUUAAUGCUAUAGAGCAGGACUACAGGCUGCCCGCCCCGAUGGACUGCCCCACCGCUCUGCACCAACUGAUGCUGGACUGCUGGCAGAAAGACCGCAAUGCCCGGCCACGUUUCACUGACAUCGUCAACACACUCGACAAACUCAUCCGCAACCCAACCAGCCUGAAGGCCAUCGCUAGCAUCCCGUCCAUUCCGUCUCAGCCGCUGCUGGACAGGUCCAUCCCCGACUUCAACACCUUCAGCUCAGUGGAGGACUGGCUGUCGGCCAUUAAAAUGUCGCAGUACAGAGACAAUUUCCUCAACUCCGGCUUCACUUCGCUCCAGCUGGUCGCUCAAAUGACCUCUGAAGAUCUGUUGAGGAUAGGUGUAACUUUGGCUGGCCACCAGAAGAAGAUUCUGAGUAACAUCCAGUCCAUGCAGAUGAACCAGUGCCAGUCCCCCACUGCCCUGGCAUGACUACAGGGGGCGCCGAGCGAUGGGCCGGGCAGCCUGCUCCGGAAACAGAAGCGGGUCAGCCCCACCCCGUCCGAGCGCGCCAGAGUAGAGACUAUCAUACUGAUCUGAACGGCCUACACGGAGAGAGCGGGGUCAUCUGAACCGGACCCAACUCAUACCAACGCUGGAAUAAACAGAGACACGCCUAUAGUGAUCCGUCUGUCUGUCCAGAGAGAACAAAACAGGGAUUCCUGUCUGUCUGUCCAUUUGACUGCACAUACAGGAUGUCCAUCUUUCCAUCUGUUAAGAAAUCAAAACAUAAAUCAAGCCAUUUCUAAUACCAAGGAUGUGUACAGAGACAGAAGAUGUUUUUUUGUUUUUUUUCUUCCAAUUUCCUUAACAUUCAUUCACACAUUUCGAAGAUGAACCACCAGAUGAACCAAUCACCAUCAAGGAUGUAAUAUUUGGAAAAACAACCCUUUUUUUCCUUGUUUUUUUUUCAUGUAUAUUUAUUUCCUUCUUUUUUUUUAUUGAAACGAAAGACAGCUAUACCUCCUAGUCCUUCCGCUUCCCAGCAUCACUACCUGUUGAUCUACAGAUGGCCGGCUUUUGCCGAGGGACGUCCGUCUGAUAGCUUCUGUGUGUAUAUCUUUAAAUAAAUAUAAAUCUAUCUCCAGAGUAAACCUUCAUAUUGAAGGUGCCGCCUAAUGGAAUACGUAUGUAUAUACUUUUCUUCUGCUUGCAUUUUUGGCAACAGCGUGCAUUGACUGGACGAUACUGGACUCAUGGUGGACCCAUUACGCUCUGUAUGAGGAGAGGAGCUCGCUUUCAGUCACGUUGAGAAGACGAACAAAGCCCACAAGGACAAUCUUCAGAAAUACCUGGCCGCCUUCGAGCCGAACGCUGUAGAAAUAUGAACGGAUUGUGUAUAAAACCACUUGUAGGAAGAAGCAAACAAAACAUUCAGGCUACCAGAACUGGAUGGUGUUUAUUGUAGGUGUUCCAUGCCGACGAGCACAUAUCUGUACAGCUUCUUUCUUCUUCUUCUUCUUCCUCUUCUUCUUUCUUCCUUUCUUUCUCUUCUUCCUCGGGUCCUUCUUGUUAGUUUGUUGUUGGAGUGUUUGGGUGAGUUGCGUUGAGAAAAAAAGUAGUGCAUUAAUCUUGAUUCAAGUGUGUACAUCAUUUCCACAUUAAUAACAUAUAUUAUCCUUUUAGUGCGUGAAAUGUAUGAUUUUCUCUUUUUUUUUGUUGCCAUAUGGCAACAGCAUGUGACCGUGGAACUGCAAUCUACAAUGCAUACAAUGGGAGUAAACCAUACGCUGCUACUGGACUUCAAAAGGUAGUGCAAAUAGCAGUGUCCAGUGUGUCAUAUGACAGUGUAUUCAUUUAGUCCCAUUGCAGAUUGCAGCCUCGUUGUUGUAUGCUGUUGCCAAAUGGGAACAGUAAUUAUAGUUUAUCAUUUUAUAUAAAAUGCAUAAAAUCUAAGCAGGUUUUAUUUAUGAAAAGAAGUUAUAACCUCCCACAGAUUGUAUUUAUUUAUUCUUCGUAAAAUUGUUGUGUGUGUAUAUUGAAUUAUACUCGCACUUUGAGAAAGCUUGAAAGGUCUGCCUUGGCCAUAUGGUGUGCCUAUGAAAAAGUAGUUCAAAACACAACAAGACGGCGUGUGAUCAGCUCUCAGUUUCCGAAAGGAAAAGAAAAAAAUUACUUUAUCAUAGGCAAAAAAUAACAAAAAAAAUAGUUGUUGCCAUAUGGCAACAUCAUGUGCUAAAAAUCAACAGUUAUGGCCAAACGUAAGCAAACUGAAAGACAAAAGAAGAGUCGAUGUGAUAUAUUUUAUUAAUGUGCGAAUGAUGUAAACAUGAAAAUCAAGUAAAUUCAGUGCAUCACUUUCUUCAGUGUGCGUGUGUGCGUGUUCACUACCUAAGCUCUCUGGUACGUCCACGUUCUUGUUAUUGCACUGUUAAUAUGCUGUACUGCUGUUCGUCCAACAGGGUCUUCAAAAAGCCGCUCAAUCAAGUGUUUACAUUUACAGCAAAACUGAUCAGGAUAUAGUCAGGUAAUGCUAGGAUGAUCAGCAUGAGACAUGAGUAUGUCAGGUCUCUCGCCCUCUCUCUCUUUCUCUCUCUUCUUCACACACGUUGACCCCGUUUACACCUGGUGGUUAGUAUCUGGAUUGUAACCUGAGAUUUAAUAGCAUACGCAUCUCUGGUUAGCCAGAUUGCUGUGUGGCACGUAAUAUGCAAAUCGGCUCAUAUACAACAACCAAGUGUCUGUACUGCUCCUCGUUUUUCUGUUCUAUUCAAAAGAAAAUCACAAUUUUUACGGAGCUCCACUGGUGACAUCCUGUAUAAAUAAAAAUAAUGUGUGGCCACGCUAUAUUAAUGCGUGGGAAUGAGAUUCUAAAGAGUGGCCAUGAUUUAUUAAGGAAUGAUCCCGUUCCCAUGCCUUACUAAGUAAAGCCAUGCAAUAUUUUAUUUAUAUGAGGUGUCACCAGCGGGGCUCCAUACAAUUUUGCAUGUGUUGUCCAUUUCUUUACAUCAGCAUGUCUACAAGACUGCCUAUAAUAACUAGUCGUCAUGUACCACGAGUGUCAAAACACAUUGUAUUGUAGACUUUGAAAUGAUGAGACGAAGUAAAG